UGGGGGACAGAGGGAAAGCCUGGUAUGAUUUUUGUUGACAAAUGUUUGGGCAAUUGAGACGAGCAUGUCGGUCUUCAUGGGCGACCUUCCCUUCUUCUUUUCACCCAAGGAGGGAACUGUGCUUCUAUGCCACCCAAAUUCUCGAAGAUGGCGUCGACAAGGCCGCAAAGAGCUUUACCCGAAACGCAAAGACCAUGGACUUGCUCCUGGCCCAGUUGCGCCAACAUAUCGACAAGGUGAUUGAGGGUGGAGGCCCUGAUGCUGUUAAGAGAAACAGGGAUCGCAAUAAACUCCUGCCUAGAGCGAGAAUCGAUUGUCUUCUUGAUCCUGGUUCUUCCUUUCUCGAGCUCUCUCAGCUUGCAGGGCAUGAAUUGUAUCAAGAAUCCUUACCAUCUGGGGGGAUUAUCACUGGAAUAGGACCUGUACAUGGGCGCCUCUGUAUGUUUGUUGCCAACGAUCCCACUGUGAAGGGUGGAACCUACUACCCUGUAACUGUAAAAAAACAUCUCAGAGCCCAAGAGAUUGCUGCUCAGUGCAGUUUGCCAUGCGUAUAUCUUGUUGACAGUGGCGGAGCUAAUCUUCCAAGGCAGGCCGAUGUCUUUCCUGACAAAGAUAAUUUUGGAAGAAUAUUUUACAAUCAAGCGCAAAUGUCUGCUGAUGGGAUUCCCCAGAUUGCUCUUGUUCUUGGUUCUUGCACAGCGGGGGGUGCUUAUAUACCCGCCAUGGCUGAUGAAAGUGUAAUAGUCAAAGGCAACGGUACUAUAUUUUUAGCUGGACCUCCACUUGUGAAGGCUGCAACUGGUGAGGAGGUCUCCGCUGAAGACUUGGGCGGGGCCACAGUGCAUUGCAAAGUAUCAGGAGUGUCUGAUCAUUUUGCUGUUGAUGAGAUGCACGGACUGUCCAUCGGGAGAAGUAUAAUUAAAAACCUUCACAUGGCUGGGAAACAAGGAGAGGUGAAUGACUCACCGUGUCCUCUUUCCAAUUAUGAAGAUCCAUUAUAUGAUGUGAAUGAGCUUCGUUAUAUUGCAUCAACUGAUCAGAAGCAGUCUUUUGACAUCCGAUCUGUGAUUGCUCGAAUUGUUGAUGGAAGCGAGUUCAAUGAGUUCAAAAGGUUGUAUGGCACGACUCUUGUCACAGGUUUUGCGAGGAUAUUUGGGCAACCAGUAGGAAUAAUUGGAAAUAAUGGCAUCUUAUUUACUGAAUCUGCGUUGAAAGGGGCCCAUUUCAUUGAAUUAUGUGCACAACGUAAUAUUCCAUUGAUAUUUUUACAGAAUAUCACUGGCUUUAUGGUUGGUUCAAGAUCUGAAGCGAGUGGCAUUGCCAAGGCUGGAGCGAAAAUGGUGAUGGCAGUCUCAUGUGCCAAGGUUCCCAAGGUGACAAUUAUUGUUGGCGGAAGCUUUGGUGCUGGAAAUUAUGGGAUGUGUGGGCGUGCAUACGGUCCCAAUUUUCUUUUCCUUUGGCCUUCAGCUAGGAUCUCUGUGAUGGGCGGUGCUCAGGCUGCUGAGGUCCUUGCUCAGAUUGAAAAGAAGAAUAAAAAGUUGCAGGGAUUGAAGUGGAGUGUAGAAGAGGAGGAGAGAUUUAAGAAUGCUGUUGUGGAAGCAUAUGAACGUGAAGGGAAUCCAUAUUAUUCAACAGCGAGGCUAUGGGAUGAUGGCAUCCUUGAUCCUGCAGACAGUAGAAAGGUUUUGGGCCUUUGUCUUGCUGCUUCUGCGAUACCCAUCCCGGCUGACACCAAGUAUGGUGUCUUUAGGAUGUAAACUUUCCAUGAAGUAGUGUUAUUCAGCAAUUGAUGCAUGGCAGUGUAUGCUUUACUUUUGCAGUUUGUGUUCAUGUUUACAAGUAGUUUGAAAGCUUUCCCGCAAAUGUAAUUUGCUGCAAAACUAUUUAACAAGGAAUGGUAUAGGCCACAGCAGCUUGGCCCAACGCCCAUUAUAACAGAAUAGACAGAGGGCCAUUAUGACAGAAAUGACGGGUAUAAGAACAAUUCAUAGAACAAAUUAUGGCCAUCGUUUCCGUAAUAACAUCUGUUACUUUUCUCUGUUUUUC